AUACAACCCUAGUUCAGUCAGUCCUUAAAUACUGCAGCAACUGUUAGGAACGUCUUACUGAUUUCUUCUACAAGCGGAGAAAAGAAAUAUCUUCAUCAACAUGUCUGGAAGAGGCAAAACCGGUGGAAAAGCCCGCGCCAAGGCUAAGACGCGCAGCUCCCGUGCUGGUCUUCAGUUCCCCGUCGGCCGUGUGCAUCGUCUCCUCCGUAAAGGCAACUAUGCUGAGAGAGUAGGUGCUGGUGCUCCCGUGUACCUGGCUGCCGUCCUCGAGUACCUCACCGCUGAGAUUCUCGAGUUGGCGGGAAACGCUGCAAGAGACAACAAGAAAACUCGUAUCAUUCCUCGCCAUCUUCAACUGGCCGUCCGUAACGACGAGGAACUGAACAAACUGCUUGGAGGAGUGACCAUCGCCCAGGGUGGUGUUCUCCCGAACAUCCAGGCCGUCCUUCUGCCCAAGAAAACUGGCCAGGCUGUUGCUAGCUCUGGUAAAUCUGGAAAGAAGGGAUCUUCCCAGUCACAGGAGUAUUAAAAGCUACGCUGUCCUAAGCUAACUAACCCAAAGGCCCUUUUAAGGGCCACCCAACUCGUCCGAAAAGAGCCAAUUCCAUGUGUCUGAAUGUGAUGUAACUUGUAUUAUCGAGAUGCCUUUUUACGUAUUAAAUUGUCUUUUACAUA